UCGUAUUCCGAUUUCCAAUAUUAUACAAACAAAAGCUUAGCUCAACUGCGUCAAGGUUCCUACUUCAAAUUCAUCUCUCUUUUUCUUUCUUACUCAUGCCAAAUAUUACUUUGGAACCCUAAACUCUACUCGAUAUUCAACAAAAAAGGUGAGGUCCGUAUUUAGAUGUUCCCUUUCCUUUCAGUUGGUACUUCAAAAAAAGUAUUGUUUAAAAAAGUAAUUAUUCACUAAAAAAAUUUGAUCUUUGACUUCUAAGAUCUUGCCAAAUGCAACCCAACAAAAUGUUGAAGAAGCUCAAAGGAAAUUUCAAAAAAUUCAAAACCUUAAUCAAUAAGACCUUCAACUACUCUUCUUCUUCUUCUUCAUCAUCAUCUAAACGCUAUAAAUUCUCUUCUUCACCAUCUCCUCCUCCGUUAUCACCUCCACCGCCGGAAAUGUCGUCACCCUCGCAACCUUUCUGGCAAUCACCGCCACCCGUCGCCGCCCUCUUCCCUCAAACGCAAUCCACCGUUCUUCCCGACCCUUCAAAUUUCUUCGCCCCUCACCUUCUUUCCUCUCCUCUUCCCACAAAUUCCUUCUUCCAGAACUUCACCGUAAAAAAUGGCGAUCAGCCGGAAUAUAUUCAUCCAUAUCUAAUCAAAUCCUCCCUCUCCACUGUAUCAAUUUCAUACCCUUCGAUGUUCUCAAACUCCGCUUUCGGUUUUCAGGUUUUUAAUGCCGAUUGGACUGUCUCUGAAAAUCCUUCCUCUGUUUCGCAAAAACCUCAUAUAAUCUCUUCGUUUAGUGAUCUUAGUCUAACUCUUGAUAUUCCUUCUGGUAAUCUCCGAUUCUUCCUCGUUCGAGGAAGUCCAUUUAUGACGUUCGAGGUUUUCAAUAAUACCCAAAUUUCAAUCUCCACCAUUCACGCUAUUCUAUCGUUUUCGUCCAAUAGUUCGUUGACGAAAUUCACUGUCACUCUUAACAACAAUCAGACAUGGCUGAUUUAUGCAUCGUCGCCGAUUAAUUUGACGCACAGUCUCUCGCAGAUUACUUCCGGUGGAUUUUGCGGCAUCGUCCGAAUCGCGGUUUUGCCGAACCCACAUUGCGAAACGAUCCUUGAUCGGUUUUCUUCUUGUUACCCUGUUUCAGGUGAGGUGAAUUUCAGAAACCCUUUUAGUUUGGAGUAUAAAUGGGAGAAGAAGGGGUGGGGUAAUUUAUUAAUGCUCGCACAUCCUCUUCAUCUCCGUUUACUUGCCGGUGAUGGUUCCGGCGCUGUUGUUCUUGAUAAUUUCAAGUACAAGAGUAUCGACGGCGACCUCGUCGGCGUCGUCGGUGGCUCGUGGGUUUUGAAACCUGACCCUGUUUAUGUAACUUGGCAUUCAAUCAAUGGCGUUGGAGAGGAAUUUCACAGUGAAAUUAUCUCUGCGCUUGUGAAAGAUGUUGAGGGCUUGAAAUCUUCACCCAUUACAACAACAGCGUCUUAUUUCUAUGGAAAAUCGAUUGCUAGAGCUGCAAGGCUCGCAUUGAUUGCUGAGGAGGUGAAUUAUCUGCAGGUGAUUCCUGAAGUGAGGAAGUUCUUGAAAGGAGCUAUUGAGCCAUGGCUGCUUGGGACUUUUAAUGGUAAUGGGUUUCUUUAUGAUGGGAAAUGGGGUGGUCUUGUAACUCAACAAGGGUCUCAUGAUUCUGGUGGCGAUUUUGGAUUUGGAGUUUAUAAUGAUCACCAUUACCAUAUUGGUUAUUUUCUUUAUGCCAUUGCUGUUCUGGUGAAGAUCGAUCCAGCUUGGGGAAGAAAGUUUAAGCCUCAUGCUUACUCUUUGAUGGCGGAUUUCAUGAAUUUGAGUAGGAGAUCUAACUCGAUGUUCCCACGUUUGAGAUGUUUCGAUUUGUAUAAACUACAUUCAUGGGCUUCGGGGUUAACCGAGUUUGCAGACGGUCGAAAUCAGGAGAGUACAAGUGAGGCUGUGAAUGGUUAUUACUCAGCAGCUUUGUUGGGUUUGGCUUAUGGAGAUACUCAUCUUGCUUCCAUUGGAUCAACACUAACAGCUUUGGAGAUCAAGGCUGCUCAAACAUGGUGGCAAAUCAAGGAAGGGGAUAAUCUUUAUGAAGAAGAUUUUGCAAGAGAAAAUAAGGUUGUUGGAGUUUUGUGGUCUAACAAAAGAGAUAGUGGUUUGUGGUUUGCUCCUCCUGAUUGGAGAGAAUGUAGGCUUGGGAUUCAGGUGCUGCCAUUACUACCCAUCACUGAGAUUUUGUUCUCUGAUGCUGACUUUGUUAAGGAGCUUGUGGAUUGGACGUUGCCUUCUUUGGGAAGGGAAGGAGUUGGGGAAGGAUGGAAGGGAUUUGCUUAUGCUUUGCAGGGCAUUUACGAUAAAGAUGGGGCGUUGGAGAAGAUUAGAAACUUGACAGGGUUUGACGAUGGGAACUCGCUCUCUAAUCUGUUGUGGUGGAUUCAUAGUAGAGGAGGAGGAGAUGAAGUUGAAGGCUGUGGUGGUGGAUGGAAACAUUGGUGGUUUAGCCAUUAAUCAAGUGAACUCAGAUUCGAUAUCUGCGACAUGAAACGUAUUGAAUCCAAUCGAACUAAACCAAUGGCAAACCCAUUUGAAUACACUGAAAAUGAAACAAUCUACAGAUUCAUCUCAUUCACUUUACACAUACUGAUACAUUGAAACAUGUGGUUUUAGAAGUGCUGGAUUACUUUACUUUAUAGAUUCAUUUGGUGCUGAUCAUUCUAUUGGAAUUGAAGAAUGAAAAUGGCAGGUAGAGGAAGCAAAUGAAGUGUAUUUCUUUCGAGCAAAUUUCUUGUGCAGUUCAUUUUCUUUUGGCAGGCUCUUGUGUGUUUGAGCUUGAUUCUUCUUCUGUUGUUAAUGCCAAUUCUUGUGCAUUUCAUAUUGUUUUUAUGUUUGAUACAAAUAAAAGAAUUGUAUUAUUUCUCUGGUAAUGGAAAAAAGAAAAAGGAGAUGAAUAAAAGUUUAUGUGAAUAUUUUUUGUUUUGCUGAUUCCA